UGGUCUACCAUGAAAUGAAAUUCCGAAUUUUCGGGCACAAUUUCGUGUUUUUGUUCCUACCGAAAUCGACCCUGUAAAUGGAGCUUAAAAUUUUGUUUGUCAUAAACCCUACCAUAAAAGUUCAAAGAACCGAUAUUUUAGCAUUUUUAAUAUUUUUAAAUGUGCCAGUUGAGUAAAAGUUGCUAAGUAUAUACAUAUAUAUAAUAAGCGCUAUGCCUUGGAAAACAUGUUCUGUGUUGUUAAACAGUGCGUCCGCUGGGAAUCUCUAUGCAGGUGAUAUAGUGACGGGAUCCGUAAUACUGGAGUUUGAUAAGAAACGGAAAAUUGAAAACAUUAGUUUCCAAGUAUUUGGAUUUAGCAAAGCGCAAUGGACAAGACCAAAACCUACAAUGCCAUAUAUAAAAAUAUAUUCAGAAAAGAGGAAGGUCCUCCAUAUUGAAAUGGACGUGUUCGGUGCGACUUUUGGAAAAAUAAUAUCUCCGGACAUUUACAAUUUUCCAUUUCACUUCGCUUUGCCUGAAGACUUGGCUGCGACAUUCAAAAGUUUCAUUGGAAAGACGUUUUAUUAUAUUAAAAUACAAGCCAAUGGGAGAUGCACAUCUAAAGAAAUUAUACCGUUCGUCAUCCAGAGAAAAGAUAAUUUAAAUCGCAUGGCAGAAUUUUUGAAACCAUUAACAUACACUUUCGAGAAGACGUUUUGGAAUUCAGGAGCGAUUUCGUUGAGUUUUAAAACAUUUAUAGGAUUUGGAUCGAACCAGACUGUGCCUUUCGAAAUUGUUUUUUAUAAUGAGAAAAAAGUUAAAAUACGCGAAGUAAAUAUACUUCUGAUACAAAAACGUCACUAUAGCAUAAAAGAAGCAUUCGCCGAUGAAGAGAAAGUAGUAUGUAAGACUGAAUAUAAAACGUUGUUGAGUAAAAAACACGAGAAAAUCAAAUUGAGUAUGGACGUCCCUUGUUUAACACCUUCCAGUAUCAAAACGAUGGAUCACGUUAUAAAUAUUUCAUACGUUUUGAGAGUGGAGGUAGUAUUUUUAUUUCAUUUUACAUGGUCCGAGGAGGUACCUGUAACACUCGCGAGUGUACCUGUGAAUCAUUAUGAUUUUGACACAUAAAUAAAUAAAUAAAAAAACUGAGUAAUUUUUUUUAAUGCACAUUUUUUCCAUACAUCUCUUAAAACAUCUCUAAGAGCCUGACUGCGGUUGCCAACCCGCCUACCAAGCAUGGCAACUACUGGCAAAACUUCCCUUAUGGGGAAAGCUUAUGUUCAGCAGUGGACACUUAACGGCUGAAGUAAUAAUAAUAAUUUUCUCUGUAUGAAAAUGGAGUUAGAGCACAUGUAUGGUGAGUAUAAGUCAUCACUACUUU